AUGGCUAGUGGCUCCUUUCUUUUGGCUACUGUUUCAUUAGCCUUCCUAUGUAGCAGUCUUACGUUCCAUAAUGUGAAAGCUGAUUUAAUUGGCGAUUUUUGUUCAACUGUGAGGGAUCCCUCUUUCUGUAAUAAGGCUUUAAGAUCAGAUCGUCGUUCUGCCAAAGCCGAUGUUCGUGGAUUAGGCCAAAUCGCCCUCGACAAAGCAAUAGCCAGUGCCAAGACAACCUUAAAGUUGGCGAAAGAACUUGGGAAUGGAGAAUUACCUAGUACGUGCGCGGAGGUCUGCAGUGAUGCAAUCGAUAAUCUUAACGAGUGCCAGGGUUUGUUACGCGGGAAUGAUAAAGAGAGUUUAAAUGUCGAAGCUUCGGCUGCAUUGGAUGAUUUGGCUACCUGCGAUGAUGAAUACGGAGCAAAGGAACCUACCAACCUUAAAAAUGCUAGUCAAACAACACAAGGACUUAUUAGUAUCAUUUUGGCGGUAUCAAAUCGUUUGUAG